UGAUGGCCUAUGGCCCUCUUUCGGGCGCUGGAAAAAAGGAGGGCCGGCGUCCUAAGACAAAGAUCUACUGCGGAUCAAUUGCGAACGUCCCGGGUGAGCCAGCUAGACCUCAACAUCGACGUCGAGAUAAAGUCGCCGCAUCAUGGGCCUGUCACUUGGCUAGAUGUCGACAGCGCUGAGGAACGAUACCUUCUCACGGGCGGUGCUGACUGCACGGUUGCGGUGUUUGAUCUGGAUGGAGCGGGCGAGAAAAGACCGUCGUUGGCUAGCGGCUGCGAAAACAACUCGGGGCCGAGAAGAAAUGGCACAGCAGCGGCGACGGUAGCAGCCAGACGGCGGCGCCCGAAAGUGCUUCGCGAGGUAGGCCGCACCCCCAGGGUGCCGCUGUCGCAGAGCAGCGAUGGCGGCGGCGGCUCGUACGGCGGGCACCGGCACAGCGUUUCUGUGGUCCAGUGGUAUCCGGUGGACACCGGCCUGUUCGUGUCCGGAGCGAUGGACGGGGUCGUGAAGGUGUGGGACACCAACACUCUCGGCGUCGUGCUAGAAUUCGACUUCAAGGAUAAGGUCUACUCCGCGUCGAUGUCGCCCACCAUCGGGCAGCACCACCUCAUCGCCGCAGGGAGCGAUAGUCCCCAGGCGCGCUUGUGCGACAUCCGCUCGGGCGCCUUUGCGCACGCUCUGUCUGGGCACUCGGAAGCGGUUUCGGCGUGCGCUUGGUCCCCGAGGUCGGAGUUUCUUCUGGCUACGGGGUCAGCCGAUCAGACGGUGCGGCUCUGGGACAUCCGUCGCUCUGGAGCCUCGGCGUGCCUCAUCAGCCUGGACCAGCACCAGGAGGAAGACGAAGUCGAACAAGACGAGGAAGAGGACGACCACACCGUUCGUUGCGGUUCGGACGUCGGGGGGUCGGCGGAUGGGAGUGACGACGGAGGGGGCUCGGGCAUGCGCGGGAGCGGAAAGCGGAGAAAGGGUUACUUGAAGCACAUCAAGCUCGCGCCACACGCGAGCAGGGCGUCCAAGUUUGCCCGCGCCCACGCCGGUCAGGUUAACUCGCUCUGCUUUGCCCCCGACGGCCUUCAUCUUCUCACGGCUGGGACAGACAAUAGAUUGCGGCUCUGGGAGGUAGAGACGGGGCGCAACACCAUGACCAACUACCUCCAGACGAAGAACAAACGGAGAAGGCCCUUCGGCAUGGCCGUCGGGAGGCCGGCAGGGCGUCGGUCAGAAACGGCGUUUUUCCCGAAUGACAAGAGCGGGGACGUCCUCGUAUUCCCGCUUCACACUCCGGAUGGACGCCCGAAGGGGCAGCUGCGGGGCCACUUUGAUCCGGUGCAGUGCUGCGCUUACCGACCCCGAACACAAGAGGUGGUCACGUGUGGCGCCGACGGCCUUGUGCUCCUCUGGUCCGCCGCUGGGGCCCCGUGGGCGUCUCGGGCGUCGUACCUAUCCCCCCCCCUUGCGGCCGGCGCCGGCGGCACGAACCGGAGGCUGGGCGAAGCCACGGAGGACCAAGACAUGUGGAGCAGCGACGACGAGGGAGGGGACGGGAGCCGAACGUCCCCAGGUUUCGAUUCGCUAGAAGGCGUUGGGAAUAGUACUAACAGCAGUGGAACCGGUAGAAGUGGUAGUCGGAGAGGGGGUCGUAUUGCCGGAGGUAGUGGCGGAGCGUUCGUUCCAAGAAUUUUGACGCAGCCCAGGAGAGCAGGCCCGGGAGUUAGAGGGCGGUAGGUGGUAGGAUCAGAUGAUGCUUCGGUAGGGAGGUGCACUCUUCGGGUGGCAUCUUGCUCUUUUGGCAGGAAAUAAAUUUCUAGCCCUGUUUGGUGAUGCUGCAUCGAAACGCUGCAACCGACAGGUUUGGCGAAGAGUACGUCUCCCUACCCGAAAGUGUUAGAUGAGGUGAUCCCCAUGCCGCCGUAGCAUCAGUCUGUUGCGUGUCUCGACCAACGGUUCGUGGUUCUUUCGCGAGCAUACGGGAUUUGGAAUUGUUGUUGGAGCUUUGCGAAACAAGCCAAGAAUGAUGCGUGCAAUAUUGUUGGAGCGUAGCGAAAUCAAACCUUAUCCUAUCGCAUACGCAACUCAUUGAGCGUGUGGUUGAGUUCGCCCGCUGGCGUUUAUCCUUGAAAUUGUAAAGAUGCGUAUGCUGUAGGAGUGAGUUGGUCAGCAACAACUGCGAACCGGUUUGAUAUACCUCCGGUCGCCCCGGUGGUCUAGUGGGUAGCUUCGCAGUCUGGUAAGGGCCAGGUCAUUGGUUCGAGUCCCGGCAGAGAGAGUUUUUUUCUCACUAAAUAAAUCCUGAUCUAGGAUGAAAGCGACGCGCUGCAAAGCUCGUUUGCUAGUAAUCCAUAAUCGACUUCGUAAGUCGCGAGGGAAGGGAUUGCUGUACCCUUCUCGCGAUAAAAAUACCUCAGGCAUGAACCGCAGGAGGGGUCCAACCCCCCCCUCCUAUGUGACCCCGGUUGGGUCGUCUAGCGAGUAGAAGUGGAGGAUAGGGGCCAGAGGGGCAGACGACAGAGUCCAAUGAUGGGAGAAAAACAACAACAACAACAACAACAACCUCCACGGUAUGUCGUUUUGGGGACUUUUCGGAGAUUGAAUACGGCAUCACAGGCCUGAGGCACAGACAUUUGCUACGUUGCUCCGUGUUUAGGUGUCGACGUGUUGACCCUCUUCGCUGCCUUCGCUGAGGUUGCGAUUGAUUAUUUUAGCCGGUCGCAAACUUGAGAGUUUAGAGUGCCACUCUUGUCGUGUUACCAGGCAAGCCACGCAGG